GGUUGCAGCACCAUGUAGGGGGGCCCUGUGUGUCUCUCGUCAAACCGCGGGGCAUUGUGGGGCGGAGGCGGCCUUUCUCUGCGUGCAGGAGAUCAUCGGGAAAUCUUCAAGUAAAUAACGUUACCGGGGGGAGGACCAGUGCGAGCGAGAAACCCCAACACACAGACACUGUGUUGCGCUUAGCCUUAAAUAUUAACACCGCUUAUAUUUCAUCAACAUGGGACAGGAGGAUCUCAUGAACACAGCCGAAGACGUGGCGGACCAGUUCCUGCGGGUAACCAAACAGUACCUGCCCCACCUGGCACGUCUAUGUCUCAUCAGCACUUUCCUGGAAGAUGGCAUCCGCAUGUGGUUCCAGUGGAACGAGCAGAGAGACUACAUUGAGGCUACCUGGAGCUGUGGCUACUUCCUGGCUACCUGCUUUGUGCUGCUUAACCUCAUAGGACAGCUGGGUGGUUGUGUCCUCAUCCUCAGUAGAAAUUUUGUACAGUAUGCCUGCUUUGGUCUGUUUGGCAUCAUAGCACUACAGACUGUAGCUUACAGCAUUUUAUGGGACCUUAAAUUCUUGAUGAGGAACCUCGCCCUCGGUGGCGGUCUGCUCCUGCUGCUAGCCGAGUCCCGCUCGGAAGGGAAGAGUAUGUUUGCUGGAGUCCCCUCCAUGGGGGAGAGUUCGCCGAAGCAGUACAUGCAGCUGGGCGGUCGAGUACUGCUGGUGCUCAUGUUCAUGACUCUGCUUCACUUCGACUCCAACUUCUUCUCUAUCCUGCAGAACAUGGUCGGGACCGCCCUCAUCAUCCUCGUGGCCAUCGGCUUCAAAACCAAGCUAGCAGCGUUGACCCUCGUCGUGUGGCUCCUGGCUAUCAACGUCUACUUCAACGCGUUCUGGACCAUCCCCGCAUACAAGCCCAUGCACGACUUCCUCAAGUACGACUUCUUCCAGACCACCUCGGUCAUCGGCGGCCUGCUGCUGGUGGUGGCGCUCGGACCUGGCGGCGUGUCCAUGGACGAGAAAAAGAAGGAGUGGUAGAUAGAAAAUAGGGGGUUAGAACAGAGGAUUGCACAGCACCACUAACUUCCCCCACAGACCGGGACACAAAGACCCUCCCUGUAAUCCCGCUCCCCCUCAUCAGGGUACCUUUUUUUGUUUUCUAGUUUUUUUUUCAUUUCGCCAAAUCCACAGACGCCACCACAGACAUCUAUGGACAGUUAUUUUUCUAGUUUCAUCCAAGCUUUUGGUUUUUAGUUGCACUUAAAUAAUGCCAGAGUAUUUCUUAACACUUCUUGUGCGUCCUCUCUUGUGUACCUCAAAGAUAAACAACUGAUGGAAGAAAAGAUGUAAUUGUUGUGUUCAGAUAAAAUGAAAAGCUGAACACAAGUGAGUAAUAUGGAGGUGAUGUUGUGAAUUAGAAAAGAUAAACGUUUGUAUUUUCUCAGUAAAACCGAAAAAAUUGGAGGAGUGCAGCAGUUUGGGUUCAACCAAUGGAUGCUCAGCUUUUUCUGCCGUUGGAUCUUGGAGUUGCCAUGUCGACCCUGAAAUCAUAAGCACUGAUUUGACAGCAACUUGCCUUGACUCUCCAGGUUUCAUCUCCCCCUUCUUUUUUUUUUAUUCUGCCUUUUAUUAUGUCUGUACACUUUCAAUCUCAACUGACAUUCGUUCAGGGGGGGAGUCGAAUCCUAGGGGGGACGUGUACAUUGUGUACAAAGUGGUGGAAUGCAGUAGUACUUGAUUGAAAACUUCAACGCAGGUGUUAGCUCCAGGAGUUGUUAUUGGGCACUGUACGUCUGUGGCAAAACGCCUAAAUAGUGAACUGUAUAAGAUCGGGGAUAUCAGUGGGGGGAAGCUCAACGUUUGUGAAACACCAUAUUCUGCGAUCUAGAAAAAGCAAAGAGGACUAAGCAGAGGCACUAGCCACCUGGACUUUGUCUUCGCUCAGUGUUUUUUGCCAUGUGUAAGAAAAUAAAAAAAUAUUCAGUGUAUUGAUUUUCAGAA